AUGCAGGAAGCGCAACUUUCCAAUCCAUCCUCAUUCUAUGCUACCGGCCUAGCCCAUACCAUGCUGCCGGCUCAGCUCAUAGAAUGUUUGUUGACGGGCGAAUCAACCAUGUGUUUGAUCUCUAUCUCGACGGUAAAAUGUGCACUCAAGGAACGAAAGAAGCUUGUCUUCAGUUGGCUAAAGAAAGCAUGUUGA